CCCUGCGUUCCAGGCAGGCUGCUCUCAUCACUGAGCCUUUGGGGCCGUUGGCUCUGCCAGGCAGGGAAGAGCUGAAGGCUGAGCGCUGCCAGCCCUGAGUGUGUUGGUGUCUGACAAUAAUCAGGGCAUAGGGGAGAAUUACAUGGGAGUUAGGCACAUCUGUGUUGCCCCCAGGCAGUGGGGGACAGACCUGCAUUCGCCGUGUUGCCGAAGCCCUAAGUGUGGAGAGCCCGAGACCCCUGAAAUGUGGUGCCCGCAGGAUAAGUGCGGGAGCCGCUCGCUUCACGUUGGUUAUGGUGAUUUCAGAGCUGGGACUUGCUGCAGAGCUUGCGGUGCUCCUUCACUGCCCUCUGUCAGGGUUUGGUUUUAGUGAUGCCCAUUUCUGCUGAGUGUGAAAGGCUUGUUAUGGCUUAUGCUGAUUAAAACCCCCAGUGCUCUUUCCUUUCAGACAAAUGCACAGCAUUUCUUGUGAUUUGCUUGUUCCUGGUGCAUCCUUUCAUGUAUUUAAUAAUGUUAAAUGUAGUACAGAUUAAAGCCUGGCAGUAGGCUUCCUGUUGGGCCCACUGAUGCUCUGUGAGUCAAAGGAGCAGGGCUGCAGCUCGCUGCACUUUUCCAGGUGCUUUAACAAAAUGGUGCUGGGGAGUGACAUUUGUGCUGUAGCCUUGGCACCGGUGAUGCAUGAAUCCAACUGUGUGUGCGCGUGUGUUGUGAUGGGCUUUGCUUAAUUCACUUUGCAUAUCACCCCCCGUGAUGGCUUUCUGGUUUGAUCUGAGCUGCCCGCUCCUGGUGCUGUCCGGCUGCUACCUGGAGCCUUUUCUGAUCCUCGUAGGUUGAAUCUGGGGUUACUGUUACACAGGCAGCGAUCUGCUUCCAUUCAAUACAACGGGCAAUUCCAUAUGUGCUUACUGAUCAAAAGACACUGGAUGCAUGCUUAUGCAGUUUUCAUUUAGCUUUAGUUUCUCACAAAACACUCUGUAUACACAGGCUUGUUUGAAGCAUGACUUCUGAGCACUCUUGCCUGUGUGCCUAACGCUGCAGGUAAUUAAGAGCAGUCCUACUAACUUGUUAUGUUGUCAGCAAUCACAUGCCAGACGGUUUUCCCUUCCCACCACAGCAACAGUUGGAGUUUCUGUGGGGUGGAGUUGGCAGCACUUUCCUCCUCUCCUGGUUGCAAGACUGUCGGACACAGGGUGUGCAGGCAAGGACAGGAGGCUGUGCCAAGGGAUGGGAAGAUCCUUUGGGAGCCGUUCUCAGUGGUCCCAGGGGCUGCUCCUAUCCUUCCCUGCCAUCACCCCAUGGUUCUCCUUGUUUCCUCUUUCAUCAGCUUUGCAGCGGAGCCUCUGCAGGGUGACCUGAAGCCCUGGGAGGGUUUUUGAAGGGCCACUUGGGUUUAAACCGCUCUGCCUCCUGUUCAUUUGCAGCCGUGGAUUAAGUGGGGCAGCAGUGCUUCCUGAAGGCUCUGUGGUCUCCACCUCCUCAGAGGUGGUCAGAAAUCAGCAGUGACCAACUGCGGCCUGCACGGAUCAAUCUGUUCUGCUCCAUGCAGCACCGGAGAGACACAGUGUGUCGCCUCGGGGCAGCCGGCGCGGGAGCAGUCCCUGAUCCCCCGCAGAGCCGGCACCUGGGUUUUUACCCACAGCUUAGAAAAGUGAUGUGCUGCGACAGGAGUGCUGCUGCUUCUCUUGCGCUCGUGAGCUGUACGUCGCCACCUUUGCUGUGAACGAGAAGCUGUCAGUGCGGUCUGAGCUGCCGCUUGCAUCCCUGUCACGGUGGUCGGGAGGAUGGAGGGGGCAGAGAGCUGCCCAGCUCUUGUCUUGGGGUUCGGAAAUGGUGAGACGGGGCCGUGAUUUCUGUUUUACAGAGGCAGUGUUGCCCUCACCGCCCAGCAUCUCUCUAGGGUCCCUGGACGGACGGUCACCUCUGGAGGGAUGUGUUACAGAUAACUGCGUGGGAAGCCCUGGCUACGGUAAGGCUGAGUGCAGGUGUGCAGAGCAGUACUGACCCGAAGGGACCUGAAGGUCGGCUCAUCCGCUCCAGGUUUGGGAUCGUCGGCGUUUGGGGCUCAGUGGCCUUAGUGGAAACUGUUGAUCGCUGCCUGCUGUUGUGUGAUUCCACGCUGCGUAUUUACCUCGGGGAGUUCAGUAGCCACGUGAGGUGUGCGCCAAGCCGAACUCUGCUGGGAGCCAGGGAGAUGCUCCGUCCCUCCUCUCGUUGUGUGCGGGAGGUCCCCGAGCAGAGGUGCCGCUCAUCUGGAGUCCCCCCAGGAAAAUGCGGGCGAUGCUCCCCAGGAGCUGGGUGGCCGCUGCAGCCUGCCAGACAGUGCUGUGGCCACGGCCUCAUCUGCUGCCCCUUCCUGGGAAGCUGCCGCUCACCUGUGAGCUCCUGCAGCUGCUCUUGUGUCUCCAAGGUCAGACUCGGGGAGCUGCUUUGCACCGCAGGAAUUGCUCAAGGUUGGCAAUGGCUGCAGUAAGCAACAGGCUGCUGCGAAAUCCUCUCUGUGGUUCCUCUCCGUCCCUUGUUCUCUUCUUGCUCUCUCUCUCUCUCCUCUGCCUUCCUCUCCUCUCUCUCUUGCCUUCUUUCCCCUCUCUUUCCCUCUCCUUGCCUCUUUCCCUCUUUUUCCUUCUUUCUCUUUCACUUUCUCUCCCUCACUCACUUUCUCCCUUCUUCUCUCUCUUCUCUCUCUCUGUUCUCUGCCUCUCUCUUUUUGUCUCCUUCUGUCUUCUGUUUUUCUUACUUUCUCUACCUGUCUCCUUCUGCAUUUCUCUUCUUGUCUCACUUUCUCUCUUCUCAUUGUCUUUCUUUCUUACUUUUUCUUUCUCUCUCCCUCUCUUUCUCUACCUCACUUUCUCUUUUUUGCUUUUCUCUCAUAUCUGCCCAUCCUUCUCUCUUUCUGUCUCUCCGUUUGCCUCUCUUGUUUCCUUUCUCUCUUCUUCCCCCUUUGUCUCUCUUGUUCUUUUUUCUCUCCUUCCCCUCCUCUCUCCUUCCUUCUUUCUUUCUUCACCCUUUCUCUCUUUUCUUCUCUCCCUUUCUCCCUCCCUCUCUUUCCUUCUCCCUUUCUCCCUCUUCUCUCACCCCCCUCUACUCUCUUCUUUCUCUCUCUUUUGCUCUUUCUCCCCUUCUUUUUCCCUUUUCCCUUUUUCUCUCUUCGUUUCUCUUUCCAUCUUUCUCUCUCCAUCUUUCUCUCUUGUUCUCUCUUCUCUCCUCUCCCUCUCCCUCUCUUUCCCUCUUUCUUUCUCUCUUCCUUUCUCUUCCUCUUUCUCUCUCCCUCCCUCUCUUGCUUUCAUUUAUCUCAUUCUGUUCUCUCCAUCUACUUGUCUCUCUCCCACUUUCUCUCCCUUUCCUUCUGUCAUCUUGUCUCUCUCCUCCUCUGUCCUUCUGUAUUUCUCUUCCUCUCUCACUCUUUCACUCUUCUCACUCUUGUUCUCACUCUCACUCCUUCCCUCCUCCUUUCUCUUUUGCUUUACCUCACUUUCUCUCUUCCUUUCUUCUUUCUCUUUCUCCCUCCCUUUCUCUUUCCCUCUCUCUCUCCUCUUCCAGUCUCCUUUCUUUUUCUUCUCUCCCCCCUCUUUCUUCCUCUUUCUCCCUCUCCCUGUCUCUUUUUCAUUCUCCCUCUCCCUCCCUUUUUUCUUUUUCUUUCCCACUUUUUUUCUCUCCCUAUCACACUUCCCCUCCCUCUUUCUCUCCCUCUCUCCCUCUUUCUCUUUUGCUUUCCUCUCUUCUCUCCUACCACUCUCUUCUUUCCCCAUCACCUUCUCUCCCUCUUUGCCUUUCUCUCACUCACUCCCUUUUUCCCUUUCUCCUUCUCAUAUUCUCUUCCUCUUUGUCUGUUUCUCUGUCCCUCUCUUUCUCCCUCUCUCUUUCUCUCCCUCCUUCCCUCCCUUUUUUCUGUCUCCUUCUGUCACUCUCUCUUAGCUCCCUCUUUUCUUUCUCUUACUUUGUCCUGUAUUUCUCAUCUCACUCACUCGCUUUCUCCCUCUCUUCAUUACUUUUUUGUCUCCUUCUCUUUUCCUCUCUCUCCUUCCCCUUCUCCCCUCUCCUUCUCCCGCUCUUCUCCCCCCACUCUUUCCCCCUCUUCCCCGCUCUUUCCCCCUUCCUCCCUCUCUUCCCCUCCUCUUCCCCCCCUUCCCCCCUCUCUCUUCCCCCC